ACCUUAUAAGUGAUCCGUAGAAGAAGACAGGGCAUAGUGUUAGUGUAGCAUUCUGGUUCCCAGCUGAGAGUCGGGUACUGCUCGAUUCCGUUCAGAGAAGGAACCAUGAAGGACGAGGGUAUUGAGGGGACCGAACGAUUCCUGAGCCCCGACAAAGGCAGGGGUCUGCGGGCGUUGAGACCCUUCGCGGUGGGGGAGCUGGUGUUCACCUGUCCGGCGUACUGCUACGUACUGACGGUCAAUGAGCGAGGAGCCCACUGUGAGAACUGCUUCAGCAGGAGAGAAGACCUCUCCAAAUGUGGGAAAUGCAAGCAGGCAUACUAUUGCAAUGUCGACUGCCAGCGAGCUGACUGGCCCAUGCAUAAACUGGAGUGUGUAGCGAUGUGUGCUCACGGGGACGACUGGUGUCCAUCAGAGGUGGUCAGACUGGUGGCUAGAAUCAUCCUGAAACAGAGAGUCUCAACAGAGCGAACCCAGUCCGAAAGGCUUUUGCUGCUGAGAGAGUUUGAAGCUCAUUUGGAUAAAAUGGACAGUGAGAAGGACGAAAUGAACCGCACAGAUAUUGCAGCCUUGCGUCACUUCUACGGCAAAUAUAUUCAAGACCUUCCAGACGAAAAGUCUCUCACAGAGCUGUUUGCACAGGUCAACUGUAAUGGUUUCACCAUCGAGGAUGAGGAGCUCUCUCACCUGGGCUCAGCGGUGUACCCUGAUGUAGCACUGAUGAAUCACAGCUGUAGUCCAAAUGUCAUCGUGACGUACAAAGGAACUGUAGCAGAGGUCAGGGCGGUGCAGGAGAUCAACCCAGGAGAUGAGAUCUUUAACAGUUACAUCGACCUGCUCUAUCCUACUGAUGACAGGAAAGAGCGACUGUUGGAUUCCUAUUUCUUCACUUGUCAGUGCACUGAAUGCACCACCAGGUCAAAGGAUGAUGAAAAAAUGGAGAUCAGAAAGCUGAGCACGCCACCGGAGCCAGCAGACGUGCGCUCCAUGGUCUGUUAUGCCAAGAAUGUUAUUGAAGAGUUCAGAAGAGCCAAACACUACAAGACCCCUAGUGAGCUGUUGGAGAUGUGCGAACUCAGCCAGGAGAAAAUGGGCGCCAUCUUUGCUGACACAAACGUUUACAUGCUGCACAUGAUGUAUCAGGCCAUGGGGGUCUGUCUCUACAUGGAGGACUGGGAUGGAGCCUUGAAUUAUGGAGAGAAAAUCAUUCUGCCUUACAGUGUGCACUAUCCUGCCUACUCUCUGAAUGUGGCUUCCAUUUAUCUGAAACUGGGACAUUUGUAUUUGGGACUGGAGAAGAAGUCACAAGGAGUCAAAGCUCUCUCUAAGGCGCUCGCCAUCAUGGAGGUGGCUCAUGGGAAAGAUCACCACUAUGUAGCAGAGGUCAAACGAGAAAUUGCAUCUCACCAGUGAGAAGACCGAGGGAAACCAUCCUAUCGCAAAACAAGAACACGUCACCAGAGCAUGGCAUGCAGCCUCAGCCUGUGUGCUUGAUGAACUUUCAUUUUUAAUCAGUGUUUCCGUUUUUGUUCUGGUCAGAUGUUUGAAGGGUAAUGUUCUGCAAGUACAAUCACCAGCUGACUUUCACAAACAUUUCAUUGAUUUUGUAUCGUAAAAUAUCUUGUUGACAGUCAAUGUACAGCUUAUCUGUGUUCUUCGGUGAAGACCUCGGUCACUGCCUUCAGAGCUAACAGUUUGGAAGUUAUUCCUUGGUUUUAUAGGCACUAUCUGCGUGUGUUUGUGUGUGUUUCUGGUAAAUGAAACUUUCAUAUUUCAUUUCUUUUUUUUUUUUUUUUUUACUGAGGUGCAUUCAAUUUCUGUAGCAGCACAAAAGAAAAUGCUAAUGCAUUUCUGAGAGAUCCUUCUGUAUUUUGAUUUGCUUGGGUUUGUAUUGAUGCCUGUUAAGAAUGUUGUUGCAUGUUUGCCAUUUGUAUUUUGUAUUUAAGGCUUUUGAUCCGAAGAAUCGACUUGUGUUAAUGAGAUUUUGAUGUUUUAUACUCACUAUAUUUGUCCUCCUACAAUGGUUCAAAUGAUACUGUGAGGAAUGCGCCCCUCAAUUGCAGUGAAUCUGCAACGAGAGAUCUGUUCUGAGGCAUUUUGGGAUGUUGGUGGGAGCUUGUUGUUUCAAGAUUUAAAAAAGUAAAGCAUUAAUAUUUCUUAUGGGAAAUCCCUAUAGUCUUUGCCACAUGCAACAAUUUUGCACUACAACAUUAAAAGUAUUUUAAAAUAAGAGCACGAAAGUUAAUAUUUACCAAAACACAUUUUUAUUCAUCUGUCAUGUAUUUGGAUCUGUUUGGGGAAAAACAGUGUUUAGAAAAUAAAAAGUCCAUUGAGUCAAAUGUUUCUGCUCAAUCUUUG